CGAACAACGCCGUCAGAUUUUAAAACGAACUUGAAGCGUGUGCACGAGCGUGAAAGCCCUUGUGGUAUUUUCAAAGCGAAUUUUCCAAGCUAUUCAACCAAAACUUGUGGUUUUUUGAGUUUUAUUGAAGAAUUAAAUAGUUAAGAUGCCAGAAGAAACUGACGUCGAAACUUUCGCCUUCCAGGCUGAAAUUGCUCAGUUGAUGAGCUUGAUCAUCAACACUUUCUACUCCAACAAAGAAAUCUUCCUUAGAGAAUUGAUCUCGAAUUCUUCAGAUGCCUUGGACAAAAUCCGUUAUGAAUCGCUCACCAACCCUUCCAGGUUGGACUCUGGCAAAGAUCUUUUCAUCAAGAUCAUUCCCAACAAAGCGGAAGGAACCUUGACCCUUAUCGAUAGUGGUGUCGGUAUGACUAAAGCUGACUUGGUCAAUAACUUGGGUACCAUCGCCAAGUCUGGAACCAAAGCCUUCAUGGAAGCCUUACAAGCUGGUGCUGACAUUAGCAUGAUUGGUCAAUUUGGUGUUGGUUUCUAUUCUGCCUACUUGGUUGCUGACAAAGUUGUAGUUGUAUCUAAACACAAUGACGACGAGCAAUAUAUCUGGGAAUCUUCUGCUGGUGGCAGUUUCACAAUUCGUCCUGACCAUGGGGAACCACUCGGCCGUGGUACCAAAAUCGUUUUGCACAUCAAGGAAGACCAAACUGAAUAUUUGGAAGAAAACAAAAUUAAGGAAAUUGUCAAGAAACACUCUCAAUUUAUUGGUUACCCAAUUAAAAUGCUUGUAGAAAAGGAACGUGAAAAGGAACUAAGUGAAGAUGAAGCUGAAGAUGAAAAGAAAGAGGGUGAAGAGGAAGACAAAGAUAAACCAAAAAUUGAGGAUGUCGGUGAGGAUGAAGACGAAGACAAAAAAGAAGAGAAAAAGAAGAAGAAAACUAUCAAAGAAAAAUAUACUGAAGAUGAAGAACUGAACAAAACCAAACCAAUCUGGACCAGAAACCCAGAUGAUAUUAGCCAAGAAGAAUAUGGUGAAUUUUACAAAUCCCUCACCAAUGACUGGGAAGACCAUCUUGCAGUCAAGCACUUCAGUGUUGAAGGUCAACUGGAAUUUAGGGCUCUAUUGUUUGUCCCACGUAGAGUGCCAUUCGAUUUAUUCGAAAACAAGAAACGCAAAAACAACAUCAAAUUGUAUGUCCGACGUGUAUUCAUCAUGGACAAUUGCGAAGAACUUAUUCCAGAAUAUUUGAACUUCAUCAAGGGUGUGGUUGAUUCUGAAGACUUACCUCUUAACAUUUCUCGUGAAAUGUUGCAACAAAACAAAAUCUUGAAAGUUAUCCGCAAAAACUUAGUAAAGAAAUGUAUGGAACUGUUUGAGGAAUUGACUGAAGACAAAGAUGGCUACAAGAAAUUCUAUGAACAAUUCUCAAAGAACUUGAAAUUGGGUAUCCAUGAAGACACACAAAACAGAUCAAAACUUGCUGAUCUUUUGCGUUACAACACAUCUGCCAGUGGUGAUGAAGCUUGCACCUUCAAAGACUAUGUAAGCCGCAUGAAGGAAAACCAAAAGAGCAUUUAUUACAUCACUGGUGAAAGCAAAGACCAAGUAGCCAACUCUGCCUUUGUAGAACGUGUCAAGAAGCGCGGAUUUGAAGUAGUUUACAUGACUGAACCAAUUGAUGAAUAUGUUGUCCAGCAAUUGAAAGAAUACGAUGGUAAACAACUUGUAUCUGUCACCAAAGAAGGUUUAGAACUACCCGAAGAUGAAGAAGAGAAAAAGAAGAGAGAGGAAGACAAGGCUAAAUUUGAAGGCUUGUGCAAAAUAAUGAAGAGCAUUCUGGACAGCAAAGUUGAAAAAGUUGUUGUCUCAAACCGUCUUGUAGAAUCUCCUUGUUGUAUUGUCACAUCACAAUACGGCUGGACCGCCAACAUGGAACGUAUCAUGAAAGCUCAAGCCCUUCGUGACUCCUCUACCAUGGGUUACAUGGCAGCCAAGAAACACCUUGAAAUUAACCCUGACCAUCCAAUUAUUGACAACUUGCGUCAAAAGUCUGAUGCAGACAAAAAUGACAAAGCAGUCAAAGAUUUGGUCAUCCUGUUGUUUGAGACUGCAUUGUUGAGCUCUGGUUUCUCGUUGGAAGAACCCCAAGUGCAUGCUUCCCGCAUCUACAGAAUGAUCAAGCUAGGUUUGGGCAUUGAUGAAGAGGAAGUUAUGUUGACUGAAGAAGCACCUGCAACUGAAGCUCCAGUUGAAGGUGGAGAUGCUGAAGAUGCUUCCAGAAUGGAAGAAGUUGAUUAAAGUUGCUUUCAUGUUGUGGGACAUGUGUUGUAAUGUGUUCCGGAAUUCCCAAUUUUUGUACUGAUUUUUAUUUAUUUUUUAUUAUGGUAAUGUAAAGUUUCAUUUCUUACAUAGAUUUCUUUCAGCCUUUUAACAACUGAAUAUUUGUUUUUUGUUUUUUUGGCUGUGUAAAGUUUACUUGUAAAGUUAAUAAACGAUUCCCCAAAUAAUAUUUUGAGUUUUUUCUGUGUUAAUUUAAUUUUCAGGUACCUACUUAACUGAAAAAAAUUCAAG